ACACAAUAUCAUUUGUCUCCAGCGCGCGAGUCGUCACGGUAACAUACUGUGACUCGAGGUAGGUGGGGGACCGACAGACGAAGCUGUGGAGGCGUACGAACGAUACGUAGUGCGAAGUGUGUGCGACAGAUUCGGACGCCAAUCGGACAUAUUUUCGGAUAUCUCUCGAAGCCAUGGCCAAGCAUCGUCUGCUAGCCGUCGGCGCUCUGCUCGUGUUCACCUGCGGCGUCGCUCUCGCUCGGCCGACGAUCGAGAACGAGUCGAUCAUCAAGGCGCAGGCUGUGGAUAAACUGAUGCGGAUAUUCGGCAUGCAGGGCAAGGGAAGACCGGUGGCCGACGACACGCGCGACGCCCCGCAGUACAUGCUCGACCUGUAUCGCACCGUCGUCGGCGACGCUGGUGUUAUGACGACGGCCAACCCGUUCGACGCCAACGUAGUACGCAGCUUCACGGCUCAAGGUCGUGCAGAUACGCUGCAUUACGUCUUCAACACGACCAGCGUCGUGCCCGCAGAAAACGUGCUCGGAGCCGAGCUGCAUCUGUUCAAGCUGAAGCCGAAGCGCGAGUAUCGGCAGCGCAUAAGACCUGGAGAUCACAUCGUCGAGAUACGCGUCUUUCAAGUUAGGACGGACAGCAAUAGAUUGCUGGAGGCAAGACGAACCAGCUUGUACUCCGUCGGUUGGGAGGUGUUUCACGUCACCGAGGUUGUCAAGGAGUGGCAGCAAGACGGCCAGUCAAAUCAAGGUAUCGUCAUCGAAAUCGUAUCACUUAGUGGUGACGUUCUACCGUCGACGCUACUCCGGUUUGCGAAGAGAAGGGAGCACAAUAAGGCAAGGCAGCCUCUGCUUGUCGUGUUCACCGACGACGGGAGGCCAAGAGCGACAAAACGCGUUCUCGCGAACGCGAGCAAUGACAUUUUUCAUCCGAACGCCCUGAUGACGAGUAGGGACAAGCGUAACUCGGAGCCAGUCGACUACGCGCCACUCAAGAGCCAACACGAGGCAGACGACAGUCCGUGCGCGCUGCGCCCUCUAUACGUCGACUUCGAAAAGAUCGGCUGGUCUUCGUGGAUAAUUUCGCCGAAGGGUUACCACGCGUAUCACUGUAAGGGUCAGUGUCCCUUCCCUUUAGGAGAGACCGGUAACCCAACAAAUCACGCAACGGUGCAGAGCAUCGUCAGUGCGCUGGGACUGCACGAUGGCGUCAGCGCCCCCUGUUGCGUACCCGACAAAUUACAUCCGAUAGGAUUACUUUAUUUCGACGAGGAUGAGAACGUAGUGCUGAAGCAGUACGAGGACAUGGUGGCAUCAAGCUGCGGCUGCCACUGAAAUAAAUCAUCCGAUAUUUUUUGUUGUUAUUUUAUGCAUCGCGUGUACAGACAGAAUGUAAAUAUUGUGAAUCCAGAUUUUUAAGAUUGUUAUCUAUGUUCAUAUAUUACGUGUAAAAAGGGCAAUCUCGUGGUAAUAGUAAGUCACGCGUAGUGGAUUAGGGCCGACUAUCUACGGUAAUCUUUUACUGGUAACACGAGCUAGACCGAUUUCAAACCAUUUAGAAAACGACGUCUAUCACACAUUUCUCUGCUUUUAUGGUGAUUAAGAUCACAAAAUCUGUUGGCAAUUUAUCGAUAGCGCCCAAGAGCGUAUAAAUUCUCUAACAUAUACUCCUCAGCAUAGAAGACUUCAUGUCCUCUGAAUAGCGUGUGAAGAGCGAACUGUUACUGUACAGAAAGGUUGUAGAUUAUUGCGUAAUAGCGAGAGCGAUAAGAGUUAAGUUAUUUUGUAAAUAUAGUAUAAUAUUUUCUUGCGAAUGAGAAUAAAUGUGAUGAACUAUGAACAAUUGA